AUGUUGCAGGGCGAGCAGGCAGUGGUUCAAGCCGGCAUCGUGCACCAGUUCCGGCAGAGGUUGACGCCAACCUCAUCACCCCCGAGGGCUGGGCGCAGCAACACUGUCGUGCUGAGGCCUGGCAGUGCCGGCGCGACGCGGAUCUACGCCGUUCAUGGCCUUGAUGGCGACGUGAUGAGCGAUGGCUCUUCGUACGCCACGCUGGCGAAGUACCUCGAUCCCUGCAGGGUGUGCGCCCUGGUGUACGAGGAGGAGGCUUAUGCCUGCGACACGGUGCCAGCGUUGGCAGCCUGCUACAACCAGCGGGUCUUGGAAGAUGCGCGACGGAAUGGUGGCCUCAAGGAAGAGAACCCCAUUCUCGUCGCGGGUUACUCGCAUGGCUGCGUGGUUGCACAUCAAAUGGCCUGCCAACUUGAAGAGGCCGGCAUCUCCGUUGGUGUCAUACUCUUCGACCUCGAGGUCACUUGGCCACCUCCCGCCACCAACUCGCGCGUCGGCGGCUACAGCUUCCUGGGUGGAGAAGCCGAGGCCAUUCUCCUGAUCUCCCGGGCCUUUGGCAAGUUCGAGUUUGCCAUGAAGGAGGCCGUGGAACUCAACCUCGCGAAAGAGGCUUCGCAGAGCAUCGACGUAGAUGCGCUGCGGCAGCGCGCCUUCGAGGCGCUGAAUCAGAAAGGGCUGCCCUACGAGCUGUUCGCUCACAUCGUGAAGCGCUCGGGCAUGAACAUAGAGAGGCUCCACUACCUGGGCAAUCCGUGGGAGCCGCCCCGGGCGUUUGCCGGACCGGCGCUGAUGGUCGUGGCGCCGGACUCACCGGAGUUUGCAAGUGCCCGGGAGAUCAACGCCCAGUACUGCAAGCAAAUGGAGGCCGUGACGGGCAAAGGCAGUCACUACAACAUGUUGCAGGGCGAGCAGGCAGUGGUUCAAGCCGGCAUCGUGCACCAGUUCCGGCAGAGGUUGAUGCCAACCUCACCCAAUGGUGCCACGGCUGGGCAGGCCCUGGCUGACCUCGCGCCCAGGUCAGCAACCGAGCCACCCAGCGUGUUCGUCGAAGGCCUGUGCCCUCUCACUCGGGGCGUCGGCGCCGUGCUGUACUACAUGCAUGGCUUGGACGGCGACGCGUUCGGACCUGGCGUGACCCUCGGGGAGGUGCCCUACCUACUGUCGUGUAGCGUCUGUGCUUUGGAGUAUGACGACGAGGCAUUCGCCUGUGAAACGGUGGAUGCCCUUGUCAAGCUCUACAAGGCCCGGAUCAUGAAGGACUUCGCGCAGCGGCCAGAAGGAGAGCACCUAGUGCUGGCCGGCCGCUCGUGCGGCGCGCUCCUGGCUUGCCUGGCAGCGCUGCAACUCCAAGAGGAGAACGUGUCCUGCUCGCUGGUAAUCCUGGACUCUGAGGUGGUGUGGCCCUCCAAGCUCGACACGACGUUCUGCUACGAGUGGCUGGGAGGCGAGGUGGAGGCGACUCUCUGGUUGGCCCACCUUGGGGGUGCAACCAGCUUCGGCCAGGAGCAGGUGCUGGCAGCCGUCACUCGCGGUGCCGCCUCGCCCGUGGCUGAAGGUCCAGCCAGGCUGCAGACCCAGGCGUACGGGCAGUGUGCCUCCCAGUUGGAAGCCUGCGGGGUGCGGUCCCUGAAGGAUUUCCGCAACAUCUGCACAUUGGCCAGCUCGAAUGCAGAGCGCUUGCGACAGCUCCUGGUUCCUUCGGCUGCCACGCUCCCGGCCGCUGAUCGAUCGUGGCCAUUUUGGCUGCAAGACGAUCGGUCUGCGGCGCCCGUUGAGAUUUUUGCAACCGGUCAGGUGCAGAAAUAG